AUGCUACUUCAGCACUUUACUCAUGGUUAAUUCUACCUAGCAUUUUUAUUGUAUAUAUCCCAAUCCUAUGUUGAUGACUAAGAAUUAUUAAGAAUAAACAAUGAAGCCGUGGAAAAUAAAUUUGAUAAUGUAGAAUAGGUUAGAGUUUCAUUGGAGAUUGAUUAGAGACUAGUCAAUGUAUUAGUUAUUGUUAUUUCACUGAGAAAUGGAUCAAAAUUCAUUAACCAACCAACAUUUUUUUCAAAAAUUGUUGUUUUCAGGUCUUCAUUAGUCAAUAUUUAUAUUGAACCGACAUACAGAACUUAUGAUGAAUCCAUCCAACCAUUUAUAAUUAUAUUAUCUGUACUCGAUGAGUAGUAAUUGAUAUCUUUAAAGAGUUAUUUUGAUGCAGAAAAUUGA